CGUGGGUGGUUUUUUUUUGCGGUUACGGUUACGGUAUCGGGUAUCGGGUAGCGGUCAGUAACGGUUUUCGAAUUUCGAAUUUAUAUUCGGGUUAGAUUGGGUUAGAUUUCGAGAUUUUUCGAGUUUCGGUUGAGUUUUUCGAGUUGUGGUAUUUUUUUCAGAUAGCGGUGUUAUAUGUUAUUGGUUUUAUAUUUGGUUUUGGUUUUUUUUUUUUUUUUUUUGUAAUUAUGGUAAGCAUAUUUCGAGAAAAAGGUGAAAAGAAGAAGAAGAAAAGUUUAUUAUUGCAAUUUGUAUAAAUUUACAAAGUGUAGCUUUUGGUUGAAUCUUUUUGUUGGUCGCAUGUUUCUGUAGCUGUUGUUGUACUUGUUCUUGUGGAUGCUGUUGUUGUUGUUGUUUGUGGUGUUGUUGUUGUAGUUGUUUGUGUGUGACUUAAGAACUAAUCGAAUCGUUAAGUGCAAGUUAGUUGGGAGCCAAUAUCUGAACAGAACUCAGGAAACAUCAAACGAUAGCGGAAAGGAUAAGGAACUCAAGGAAUGUUCAAAAGAAAUAGUAAAAACUAAAAAAAAAGACUUAUUUACCACAACAUCCAACAAAAUACGUUACGAUAUACGGACCACUUGCGAUCAAACUGUGCAGCUGAUCUAUGGAAUAUAUAGUACAUAUAGUAUUGUCUGAGGAUUGCGUUUCAGAGAGAUCCAGAGUCUGGAACUUCGAUUCGAUUGACGUUCCGUCAAAAGUGGAUGUUGGAGAGUACAAAAUAUAUAGAGUUUCUGAAGGUUUUUGUGCAACAAAAGAAAACAUCUCGAUCGGUGCGGUUAACACUUUCAUUAUUUACAGAAGGAAAGUAGGUGCUAAGGAUCGAUCUUGGAAGUAUCUUCGAGAGACCGCAAAAACAUCGGGCUCGUUUUUUUUUGUUCGGAGGUGAAACACAUGAGUCGUAUAUAUUACAAAAUCAAAAUGAUAAAUUCGAAGAUGAGCAAACAAAAUACGUAUAGAUGAACACUUUUCGUUUUUGGUCGUUGGAAAUUUUUUCUGUUUGUCUGUUGCAACAGUUUGGUUGGUUUUUAUACAUACAAGCAUUAUAUAUGACUUUCUUUUUGGUUUUCUGUAUACUUUUUUUCAGUUGCUUUGUUAAAACAAAAUGUACACAUAUUGUUGUAUUUCUUUUUUAUAUCUGUAUUGAUAUUUGUCAAAGCGCAGUGGGAAGUUUUGUUGUAUUUCAUUUUGCCUUCACUAUAAUCAAAAAGAAACAGAUAAAACACAAAAACAUUUGGAAAAACUUUGUCGGAGAACUGAAACCGAUAAAAAUACGUUCAAUCGAUGCGAAUUAAUUGUUUGGCACAUUAGCGAAGGAAGCGCAGGCAGAUAUGAUGGAUCGGAUACGGAUUCGGAUUCGGAUUCGGAUUCGGAAUCGGUGGGUUUAACUAAUGCAACAAAUGCAGGCACUAACCUUACAGCUACGAACUACUUAAAAGUGUACUGAAUGUGGAGCGGGAGGCGGUGGAUGGGGACUCUAAUGAAUGAAUGGAGGCGAUAUGAUAAUUGGCCUGGUUAAUACUAUAUACUAUAUAUAGCGGUGUAAGUGGAGAACGAGUCUUUCGUAACUCCCAUUCAUAAGUCUCACUGAAGCUGAAGCUAAAGCUGAAUCAGAAAACUGAAAACUGGAACUGGAAGUGGAAGUUGAGCAGGUGUAGGGCAAGUCAAGUUCGGAUAACUCGCUCUUGGCAACUUAACAAGUGGCUCGUGCCCAGGUGAACUACCCCACAGCGGUUGAUUAUAAUGCUAAUUAAUGCCCAGUCAUGCUGUUGAUCGGCCCAUAGCUAAUGGUCUGGGUUUUCUGACCCAAUCACACUCAUUCACGCUUCGAACUAACUCAUCCACUGACGCAAAACCCAAAGACACCUGUGAAAUCUCAGAUCGCAUCGCGGGAAUUCAUCAUAAUCUUUGAAGACCAGGGAGAAAGAACUCUCACCCAGAGAUUAUUCACCUCGGAACCUGUUCCAAAAUGCGGGUCUGAUUAUUUUAGACAGUGCAAUUAGCCAGAAUUAAUGGCAGUCCAUCUGUAUUAGCUGCACUCAAGUAUGAACUUACCCCAAAAGUAUUUUAUAAUAUCGAAAAUUCAUCACCGUUCGGAGACAAAGACGAGGGGCAAUUUACCUUACCAAAGCGCUUAAAUCACAUAAUGAAUUAUUUAAGUUCAGCAUGAAUCAUGCUACGUAACUGAAAAAAAAAAAACACUCAAGAUCAACACUCAAGCUGGAAAUUUCGCCUGUCGACCUGAGUAGUGUGCCAAAUGAUCUAAGAGAUGCAAAUCCGCGAGACAAACAAAACGCUCAACUUGUCACUCAACCUGUUUGCAUAUUACAAUCUUAUACGAAACUAAAUCUCAACUCGGAAUUGAAAUCCGAAUCGGAAACGGUGGCAACCUGACUUGGCGACCCCCAAAGCGAGUUCCAAGAAAUGGCGCAAAUAUUCCUGGGAUCCACUUGUGACGUCGAGCCAAUUUGUUUACGCUCCAUAAGUGGCUCGGAUAACAACAACAAAGCGAGUGGUGAGCGGUGAUAAAGUGGUGUCCGAUAUCCGACUGAUAACCCACCAGCGACUCAACCGAUGCACUCACUUCGCGGCGAGCCGAGAGUUAAAGCCUGACUUCGGAAUCAAACGCUUCGAUUGCUGCGGUCGCUGUUGUAAAUAAAUGCGAGGUUUAUAAAUACAACGCCGAGGGGCGCGCGUCGUCAUUUAGUCACGAAGCUUUAACCAAACCGCAUCGGAACGCGAGUCCCCCGCCAAAACGCCACUUAUCGAACCGCAAUGUUUCAGAAAAGGAUUAUCGAGCUGAUCACCGUGCUGGUGUACUGGGUGAUCAUCACCCCGACAACCUAUAAAUACUGCACACAGAACGGAAUAAUCAGGAUGAGCUUCGACACGCUGGUGGGCACCGUGGGUGACCACUGCACCCUGGCCCUCUGCCUCAUGAUCGGAUACGUGGUCUUCUAUCGCAUCAUCAUAUUCAUCUACAUGAAGCUCAAAGUGUGCGACAUCCGCAUGUGGGACGAGUUGCAGCGCGCCAAGGAGGAUCCCGAGGCGCACUUGGAUAAGAAGUCCUAUUACCAGCCCGUCUCCACCGAGAACAUCGAUGUCGUGGACUCCGGAAAGAAGAAGGGAAAGCCAACCAGCCCAAAGAUGAUCAGGACCAUCAGCAAUCCGCUGCUCAUCGAAAGCGAUUUGGCGCGCAUUCACAUCAAGCACGAAACGCGAAAGCUGGAGUGUGCCACCCUGCCGCGACUGCAGCAGGCGCAGGUCCACCCUAGUCCGAGUCCCAGCUUGAGGAGUGCACCACCCGUGCCCCAAAUGCAGAAGAGUGCCACACUUCCCAAUCAACACAGCACCGGCGUCAUCAUGUCUCCCAAGGUUCUGAUGCCCAAAACCCAACAGGUGUAGACAGAAGUGAUCGCAUCCUUAGCCCAAUUCAAAAAGGAUUAUAUCCGCAUCAAGUAUUAGCUAGUGCCCAAAGAUCGAUUAUCGAUAACAAAUCGAAAUUAGUCAAUCGCCACAUUCCAGUGAACUCGUUCGCGCGAUUUAAAUUAAUUCCUUAGUUAGUGAAUUUAUAUUUAUUGCUAAAUAUAAGGCAGCUAUUGUUAUCUGUGUAACUACUUAUGCAAUUUAUUAAAACAAUAAUAAAUGAUAAGCAUAUUUUUAAAAAAA